AUGGCUACCCUUACGAAAUUGACAGCCUUAGCUAUCCUUUUAAAUAGCUGCUACGCAGGUUUUUUACAUGGACACAAUCAUCAAGAAGAUCAUAGCAAUGGUUACCCAGCGGCACCACUUUCCAGCUUAUUCUCAGCAUCUUCUUCAAAUGCCUUAGCAUCGUCAAGUUUCUCUCCCAGUUCAUUUCCAGUUGGAUCUCUACCAUCUGCUACUUAUUCUGGUGCUGGCCUUAUCGGUAGUGGUCAUUCCAAUGGAUAUGAUUCUGGUGUUAUUGGAAGUGGAUUCAGUACUGGUCUUGGUGGAAGUGGCCAAUUAAGUGGAUUUGGUGGGGCUAAUAGUGGUUUCGGUACAGCGGGACUCACUGAUGUUUCUGUUGGAAGCAAUGCAUUUGGAUCAGGAUUACCUGGCGCAAGUUUUUCCGCGCCAGUUGGUGCUGGAGCUGCUCUUCCUGGUUCAGCAAUUUUUGGAAAUGAUGCACCUCCUGCAGGACCAAAAGCUCCAGUUAUCACUGAAAUUCAUGGCCUUGCUAACAAUAAUGGUGCUCCUACAAAAUACCGUGUUCGUGAUGAAACUUACCAAGUAUUUCGUGACGUAACACACAGAGUUCCCCAACCAGUUCCCGUACCGGUUCCUCAAACUGUUCAAAUUCCUGUUCCACAGCCUUACCCUGUUCAGGUCCCUGUUGUAAGAAACAUCCCCGUUCCCGUUGUCAAGAUUCAGCACGUGAAAGUCGACAGACCCGUACCUUACCCCGUAGAAAAAAUUGUAAAAGUGCCAGUUGAGAAAGUUGUUCAUGUGCCAGUCGACCACCCUGUGCCAGUUGAGAAAAUCGUCGAAGUGCCCGUUGUAAAACUUGUCAAAGUUCCAGUCCAUGUCGUGAAGAAUUACCCAGUACCCUUGUUCAAGACUGUUCACCAUAAGGCCCACUCCAGCCACGGUCAAAGCUAUGGCCAUGGUUACGGCCAUGGUCACGGUCACGGCCAUGGUCACGGCCACGGACAUGGAUUGUCCCUGUGGUAAACCAAUGGUUAGAAUGAAUAUUAAAUACAAAUGUACAUAUCUCAUUCGCAAUGCAACCUAGUAUGGUUUAUUUGUAAAUAUACGU